AUUGAUAAAACUGUAUUUUUUUCAUUUGAAUUUGGUAGUUACCUAUUUCAACCCGUAUUUUUUUCUUGAAAAGUAUUUUUCUGUUGUGUAGCAAUAGGAACAUGUACGAGGAAAAUUUUCUUUUGAGUUUCCUCAUGAUCUGAAUGGAACUGUCUUAUCAAGAGAUACUUCUGUGAUCUGUGCAUUGUCUUCAAUAAUGAACAUGUGGAUUUUAACUUCCAGAGACUUCUAGGAUGUAUGAUUUCAUGGUUUUCAAGAGAUAUGAUGAAUAAUUCACUACAUAAUGACAUUCAAAUUGGAAGCUCAAAUCCAGAGAAAAUUUGCAUAUUAGAUGCUGGCGCCCAAUAUGGGAAAGUUAUUGAUAGAAAAGUGAGGGAGUUGUGCGUUGAAUCACAUUUACUCCCUUUAGACACGCCAGCCUUCAGCAUAAAAGAAGGAGGAUAUAAAGGAAUUAUUAUAUCUGGAGGACCCAAUUCUGUAUACGGUGAAGACGCUCCCAAAUAUGAUGCUGAUAUUUUCAGGAUAGGACUGCCCGUUUUAGGUAUAUGUUAUGGAAUGCAAAUGAUGAACAAAGAAUUUGGUGGUACAGUAGUACGAAAGAAUUCUAGAGAAGAUGGCGUGUUUAAUAUAGAAGUCGAUACAAAAUGUUUAUUAUUCAAGGGCCUAGACAAAAUACAGACUGUAUUAUUAACUCAUGGCGACUCAGUAGACAAAGUAGCUGAUAAUUUUAGAUCGGUAGCACAAAGUUCCUCUUUUUGUGCUGGAAUUUGCAACGAGAAACUGCAGCUGUAUGGGGUUCAGUUUCAUCCUGAAGUAGAUUUAACUUCAAAUGGCAAAACCAUGCUCAAAAACUUUCUCUUUGAUGUAGUUGGAAUGACUGGCAAUUUCACUAUUCAAGGAAGAGAAGAACAAUGCAUAAAAUAUAUUAAAGAAACUGUCGGGGACAAAAAAGUUCUUUUGUUACUUAGUGGUGGUGUAGACAGCACUGUUUGUGCAGCCUUGUUACACAAAGCUUUAACGCCCAAUCAAGUAAUAGCGAUUCACAUCGAUAAUGGUUUUAUGAGGAAAAAUGAGAGUGCAAAAGUGCACAAUAGUUUAAUGAAAAUUGGUCUCAAUUUGAGGGUGAUUAAUGCAGCAUCAAACUUUUGUGAAGGUACAACAAUUAUACCAGUAGAUAAAAAAGAGGGAAAUAGAACUGUGGAAACUAAAAUGUUAUGCAUGACUUCAAGUCCAGAAGAGAAGAGAAAGAUAAUAGGAGAUAUAUUUGUUAAAAUAUCUGAUGAAAUAGUUGCUGAUCUCAAUCUCAAACCUGAAGACGUAUUUUUGGGACAAGGAACCUUAAGGCCUGAUUUGAUUGAGUCUGCAUCAAAACUAGUGUCCUCCAAAGCUGAUACAAUCAAAACACACCACAAUGACUCUGAACUCAUUAGAAAAUUACGAGAUCAAGGUAAAUAUCAAUUACAAGCUAUUUUUUAAAUAUAUCCCUUCAUUAUCGUUAUGAAAAAUCACCUGGAAAAGUUAUAAACAAUGAAUUGUUUCCACAAAUAUAAGNUUAUAGUUGAAUUCAGUGAAAUGGUAAAGAGGAAACAUGGCUUAUUGAAUAGGGUUGAAGACGCUAUAAAUAAUGAAGAAAGGGAAAUGUUGAAGAAAAUCUCUAGUCAUCAGAAAUUUGCUGCCACUUUAUUGCCUAUCCGUAGUGUUGGAGUCCAAGGUGAUUGUAGAUCAUACAGUUACGUUGUGGGCAUAUCAUCAGAUCAGGAACCUGAUUGGGAAGAAAUGAUGUUCCUCUCUUCAGUGAUACCAAGAAUAUGCCGUAACAUAAACAGAGUAUGUUACAUUUUCGGAGGUAUUGUAAAGGAAUCUCUACCAGAUGUUACCCCAACUUACUUGACCAGUAAUGUCCUUAGCACACUAAGGCAAUGUGAUGAUGUAGCGACUAAGGUAAGUGUAGAGGUAAUCGAUGACUCAAGAAAUGAUGAAUUACAAACAAUUUUGUUUUGUUGUUAUUUAGACGCUGUCUGUUGUAAAAAUAAGGUGAAUUUUCAUUUAUCUCAAAGAAUAUUUAUUUGUGAUUAAUUGUGGUGAACCCGA